AUGGCCACCCUCGCAGACGACACCCGCGCGCUCCUCGCGCGCCGCGUCGUCGACGCCAUGCGCACCGCCUUCGGCGACUCCGCCGCCCAAGACCCCAAGCUCACCCCGGCUACGCGCCCGGACUUUGGCGACUACCAGUGCAACGCCGCCAUGGCCCUCAGCAAGAAGCUCAGGGUCAGGCCGCGCGACGUCGCUGCCAGCAUACUCAACGAGCUUGACGUCUCCGACGUGUGCGAUCAGCCUUCCAUCGCGGGCCCCGGCUUCAUCAACCUCACCCUGAGCGACACCUUUGUCAACGCCAAGCUCGCCGCCAUGCUGGCCGACCGCGCCCGCCUGGCCGUGCCGAAGCGCCCCGACCCCAGCCGCGUCGUCGUCGACUUUAGCAGCCCCAACAUCGCGAAAGACAUGCACGUGGGCCAUUUGCGCAGCACCAUCAUCGGCGACACCCUGGCGAGGAUCCUCGAGUUUCUGGGUCACACCACCAUCCGCCUCAACCACACGGGCGACUGGGGGACCCAGUUCGGCCAGCUCAUCACCUACAUGAAGUCUGAAUGCCCCGAGCUGCUGCAGGAGAACGGCCCCACGGAUACCGCCGCCGCGCGCAUCGGCGACUUGGUCGAGUUCUACCGCAUGGCAAAGGCCAGGUUUGACGCCGACCCCGACUUCAAGAGCGCCGCCCUCGCGGAGGUCGUCCAGCUGCAAAAGGGAAACCCGGACACCAGGCGCGCCUGGAACCUCAUUUGCGACUUGAGCAGGAUCGAGUUUCAGAAGAUUUACGACCGCCUAGACAUCCGCUUGACCGAGCGGGGCGAGUCCUUUUACAACCCGUUUUUGAAGGAUAUCGUCACGUUGCUCGAGGAGAAGGGCUUGGCCGUAGAGAGUGACGGUGCCACCGUCGUGUUUUUGGAGGGCAACAAGUUCAAGGGCCGGGAUGGUAAACCGUUGCCGGUUAUCGUCCGCAAGUCAGACGGCGGAUUUUUGUACGCCACCACGGAUUUGGCCGCCGUCAAGUACCGCACGGGUGUGGACGAAGCUGAUCGUAUCGUGUAUGUCACAGACGUUGGCCAGAGCCUGCACUUCCAGCAGAUCUUUGCCGUCGCGCGCAAGGCAGAGAUCCUGCCGGAGCAAGCCAGCUUGGAGCACGUCCCGUUCGGCCUGGUCCAGGGAGAAGACGGAAAGAAGUUCAAGACCCGGUCCGGCGCCGUGCCGAAGCUGUCCGAGCUGCUGGACGAGGCGCGCGAUCGCGUCCGAGCCGAGCUCGAGAAGCGGGCCGCGGACGAAGCAGCGCAGGCCGCCGCGAAUGGCGAGGACGCUCCGGAGAGGAGGAGCGAAGACGAGCUCGCGCGUAUGUCCGAGGUGAUUGGCAUUGCCGCCGUCAAGUACGCCGACUUGAAGAACAACCGCACGAGCAAUUACAAGUUCAGCUUUGACAAAAUGGUCAAGCUUGAGGGUGACACUGCCCCGUAUAUCAUGUAUGCCUUUGCGCGCGUCCAGGGCAUCUACCGCACGGCUUCCGCGGCCACAGGGCUGCAGGGAAAUGCGGAGUUGGGCGCCGUCGGCUUCACGUUCGAAAAGCCGGAGGAGAGAGCAUUGGCAAAGAUCCUCCUUCGCCUGCCAGAGGUUUUGUCCGAGCUGGAGAGAGAUUUAUUACCGCACGUCCUGUGCGAGUACGUCAAGAAUAUCACCUCGAGGUUUAACCAAUUUUACGAACAGUGCCCAGUCGUACACGCCGAAACCCCAGAGCUCCAGAAGAGUAGGCUCGCUCUGUGCCAGAUCUCCGCAGAUACGUUGCAGUUGUGUCUAGGGUUGCUGGGCAUCCCAACUUUGCAGCAAAUCUAAGUUUCACGACCACAUUUUGUAAACCAGGUGAGGAAGGCUGAUGAUGUGUCGGAUUUCAAACGUAGAUCGCAUUUGCCUGUAUACUUCAGUUCUGUGGUUGUCUGCAGCUGACAACCCACGCAACGUGGGUUGCCAACUGUAUGCGCCGCAUAGUCGUACCGUACUGCAGUUCCUUCUUAGCGACGAUCUGUUCCCGGAACUCUGAUGCACACACGCAUUUGCUUUGCCAUUAAAACACUUGUACUUACCUUUGAU